AUGGCAGCAAAUUUUUGGGUGUCGACUCAACGUCGGCAUUGGAUGUUUACUCGCGAGCAACUGGCAGAGAUCAGAGAAAAUCUAAAAGACAAAAGCCAAGAUCACCAAAUACAGCUUCCGGAUGUGAGAGUCAUCAAUAUAUUUUUAAAAACAGAGCUAUGUAGACUCGCGAAACUGACGCAUUCGCGACAACAAGCCAUUUCAACCGCUCAGGUCUACAUCAAAAGAUUCUAUACGAAAGUCGAUUUUCGACAGACGAACCCGUACCUAGUCAUGGUCACGGCGUUCUAUCUUGCCUGCAAAAUGGAAGAAUGCCCCCAACACAUCCGGGUCGUAAGCAGCGAAGCCCGCCAACUAUGGCCAGAAUUCAUCACCAAUGACCCGGCCAAAAUCGGAGAAUGCGAAUUCUAUCUCAUUUCUGAAAUGCAUUCACAACUCAUUGUCCACCACCCUUACCGCACGGUUUUGGAGUUGACGAAACUACUUGAAUUGACGACGGAGGACGUCAGUCAGGCCACAACGCUGAUUAGUGAUCACUAUCAGACAGAUUUACCACUUCUUUAUCCGCCGCAUGUCAUCGCAGUAAUGGCUAUUUUGCUUGCGGUCAUAUUCGGUAGCGGCGGUGGCGGGUCCGCUCACCGCAAUCAAUAUAGUCAUAGUACAAUAGGGGUCAAUCCGCCAUCAAUAUCUACAUCUCUUCGAGAAUCUGGGCUGGGUGUCACGCUCUCUGCAUUGGGCGGUACAAAUGCACCGGGCACAACAGGAGCAACAAGACCAGACCCAAGAAUUCAGAGGAUUAUUACUUGGCUCGCGGAAAGCGAGGUUGAUAUCAAGGCUGUUGUUGAAUGCACGCAGGAGAUGAUAUCGUUGUACGAAGUUAUGGAUGGGGUGAAUAUGCAGCAGUGCAAGGAGAUUAUAUCGAGGAUGAUCAAGACUCGAAAUGCAGAUAAAUGA